CACGUCAGUCAUCCAAGCUACUCAAUACUGCCACCAUCCAUAAGAAGUUAAAUAUUGCAGGUUAGCCUGUCAUAAAAAAAGAAAGAUUUGAAACGUAUUCCACAGUUAUUAUAAUAUUGUAUGACAUCAUUGGCUGUCAAGCAUGUAAAUGUGGCCGCGUUUGACAUUGCAGCCGACUUUAAAGGCGAGUCAAGACUGACUGAUCUACAAAUAAUCUGAAGUAGUUAUUUAUCAUGCAAGGUGAUUUGUAGAUCAGUCAGUCAGUCAGAAUUUACCCGUCACACGUCACAGUUUUGAUGCUCUUGAACACAGCCUGUUUGAAUGAGGAAGGAAGCCAUCUCUGAAUCAGCAUCUUGGUCACUGACAUAGAGUUGGAUAGAGGGCACAGAUUGCAUCUUUUCAUGAUGGCUUCUGUUACAAUAUCGGCAGCGCAACUGUGUUUAGGAGUAGUAUUAAUCUAUUUUAAAGUAGUCAAUUUCUUCUUCUUCAACCUCCAUGAUUUUAAUGACAGUCGAUAAACAAACUGGAAGGAUGCAUACAACGUUAUGCCCAUGUUUAAACAGCCUUUGUAGCUAGUGUGCCUUUUAUCCAACUCUAUGGUCUUUCACGACUUCAAAGUUAUGUCAACCACAGACCUCAUACCUCACAGUCAGUGUCUGUUUCCUCAGACUGACAAAUAGUUCAUUACAAGACCUCUCUCCCCUUCACUCUUCAGUUGACUCACUGUACAAGUCCUCUCCCCUUCACUUCACUCUACUACAGGUUGGGAGAUGCAACAAUGACCUUGAGAACAGCAGGAAGUAUGUUGGUUGUCUUUCUCUGGUCUGUGGCAGUUGUACUGGGGCAGAAUGGCUGGAGUGUGACUUACACCACUCAGAGUAUCUGUGUCUUGAAGGGGUCAACAGUGAAGCUGACCUGCUCUUUCAGAUAUCCCAGAGGUCAUAAAGUCACAUCAAACUUCUGGUUCACUAAAAUGGAGACUGAAGAUAUAGGUCUGGACCCAGAAUAUGCAGGUCAUGUGGAGUAUCAUGGGGAUAAGGAGAAAGACUGCACCCUGAGAAUCACAGACCUGAGAGAGAGAGACUCAUCUACGUACAGGUUCAGAUUAUUAACAGAUCAGGAAGGAGGGACAUAUACUGGAAGUCCUGGAGUCACUCUGUCUGUCACAGGUCUUCAGGUGAAGGUGACUGAUGGACAUCAGGAUAAGACACUGACCUGUAGCACCACCUGUACUCUGACUGACAACCCCACCUACAUCUGGUACAAGAACGGACAACAUCUAGAUGAAAGCACCUCCCCCCAGUACAAAGACCCAGUCUACAGUAACUAUGAAGACAGUUACUCCUGUGCUGUAAAAGGCCAUGAUGAUCUCCACUCUCCUGCAGUGUGUGUUCAGGGUCAGGACUGCAGCAGAGUAACUUACACCAAGAGGAGAAUCUGUGUCUUGAAGGGGUCAACAGUGGACAUAUCCUGUACUUAUGUUGGUUAUUAUUCCACCACAUCAACAUUCUGGUUUAGAAGUGAUAAGUCGACACCUGAGGACCUAACCAGAGACCCAGGGUAUACAGGUCGUGUUGAGUACACUGGAACAUACAAAGGUCCCUUCACCCUGAGAAUCUCAGAUCUGAUAGAGGAGGACUCAGCUGAGUAUCGCUUCACUUUUAAAACAUACUACUUUGAAUGGGGUCAUAGUUUCCCAGGAACAACUAUGUCUGUUACAGGUCUGCAGGUGAAGGUGACUCCUGCUGCAGAGGGACAGAAGACACUGACCUGUAUCACCACCUGUACUCUGACUGACAACCCCACCUACAUCUGGUACAAGAACGGACAACGUCUAGAUGAGCCCACUUCCCAGCAGUACUCUGUCAAUAGUUAUUAUUCAGACAGUUACUCCUGUGCUGUAGAAGGCCAUGAGGAUCACCACUCUCCUGCAGUGUGUGUUCGGGGUGAGAGCUGUAUGAAUGUGACUUACACCCAUCAGAGUAUCUGUGCUUUGAAAGGGUCAACCGUGGACAUAUCAUGCUUUUACACACAUCCCAGUUGGCAUAACCUCACAGAAGUAUCCUGGUUCAACAAAUGGGAGUCUGGUGUAACUAAAGACCUGAGCCAGGACUCAGAGUAUACAAGUCGUGUGGAAUACUAUCGACAAACAGAAAAGGACUCCACCCUGAGAAUCACAGACCUGAGAGAGAGUGACUCAACUGAGUACAAGUUUAGAUUUACAACUGAUAAGGCAAGAUGGGGGUACAGCUUCCAUGGAACAACUCUGACUGUCACCGGUUCUCGGGUGGAGGUGACUCCUGAAUGGAGUUCAGAGUCGAAGACACUGUCCUGUAGCACCACCUGUACUCUGAGUAACCCCAACCCCACCUACAUCUGGUACAAGAACGGACAACAUCUAGAUGAGAGCACCUCCCCCCCAGUACAAAGACCCAGUCUCCAUUAACUAUGAAGACAGCUACUCCUGUGCUGUAAAAGGCCAUGAGGAUCUCCACUCUCCUGCAGUUUGUGUUCAGGGUCAGAGCUGCAACAGAGUGACUUACACCAAGAGGAGAAUCUGUGUCUUGAAGGGGUCAACAGUGGACAUAUCCUGUACUUAUGUUGGAUUAUUCCACCACAUCAACAUUCUGGUUUAGAAGUGAUAAGUCGACCCCUGAAGACCUAACCAGAGACCCAGGGUAUACAGGUCGUGUGAAGUACACUGACAAAGAGACAUGGAGAAAUGAAGGUCCCUCCAUUCUGAGAAUCUCAGAUCUGAUAGAGGAGGACUCAGCUGAGUAUCGCUUCACUUUUAAAACAAACAGCUUUGAAUGGGGUCAUAGUUUCCCAGGAACAACUCUGUCUGUCACAGGUCUGCAGGUGAAGGUGACUCCUGCUGCAGAGGGACAGAAGACACUGACCUGUAGCACCACCUGUACUCUGACUGACAACCCCACCUACAUCUGGUACAAGAACGGACAACGUCUCGAUGAGCCCACUUCCCAACAACACUCUAGUAAUAACUUAGUAGUGUUGGGUCAUUCUGCGGAUAGUUACUCCUGUGCUGAAAACACCACGAGGACUUCCCCUCUCCUGCAGUGUAUGGUCCAAAGAACACCUCAGUGUCAGUCAGUCCCUCUGGUGAAAUAGUGGAGGGCAGUUCAGUGACUCUGACCUGCAGCAGUGAUGCCAACCCACCUGUGGACAAAUACACCUGGUACAAGAAGAAUGUAGCCUCACCAAAAGCAUCAGGACAGAGUUACAGCAUCACUAACAUCAGCUCUGAGGACAGAG